AUGGAUAAUCAGCAAGAGAGUAUAUCUGAAGAUAUUACAGGUGACCUAGCUGCAGCUGUCAGAAAGUCAUGGUCUGAGUCACAAGAUAACCCGUUGCUCCUAAACUUUAAUAAUUCCCCCAUAGGUACUCCCACUGAUAGGUACUCCCCUGAACCAGUUAUGAUGGAGGGAAAUGCAAUGAAUCCUCCAUCGCUUGUGAGGGAGUCUGCACAACAACAGCAAAGACGUUAUGCAUCUUCCCAAUCUCGCGAAAAAUCUGACCAGCAACAGCAAGAUUACCAGUUGUUUAAGCAUCAUUAUUCUUUGGGGCAGGAAACAAGAGAAUCUGUUUCCGAUAUUCUCAACGACUUGACUCUAGGAUCCCCAGAGCCAAGCGAAAGGAUAUCACCAAUAGGACAACCAUCGGUGGAUAUUCCUCCUCUUACCACAAGGCGUAGUUCUAUCCAGGAUGUCCAAUGGAUAAGACAUUUACUUAAUCCGAGAAGUUCAUUUUCUGGUGCGUCUGCCAAUGAACCAACUAGCCCCCCUGAUGAUUUUCUUAAUCAGAGCAGAGCCUGGAUAACAAUAUUACAUGAUUCAUCGGCAGAAUCGUUACAGGCUGUUAUCGUGUUAGCCGAAUCAUUGAAGAAUGUCAGUUCCCAAUAUAAUCUUUGGGUGCUGCAUUCUAGUGACGUUAAUGCUUUUCAAUUAACUCAAAUAGGAAUAAAAACAUUGAUAAUAGAUGAGUAUAUCAAUUUGUUUUUGAAUUUUGGGAGUGGCUCGGGCUUCAGUGGAAGCACACAAGCAACCGAAACCAAGGACGAAUUGAAUUUCAAAUGGUGUAAGUUAUUUCUUUUCUUUUCUCUAAUCGAUCGGUUUGAACUGAUCUGCUAUUUAUCCCCCACAUGUUUGGUAUUAAAAAAUAUCGAUGAGCUGCUGGAGAGCACCGAAGUUUCUGAUGAGAUUGAUAAUGAAACAUGUGUUUUGCUAUCUAAUAGGGUGAAUCAUAUAAAUGGAGAUCUCAGUAGCAUAGAGCAAGACCAAAAUCCUGGAAAUUAUGAUGAGGAUCCUCAAAUCAUUAUUCUAAAGCCUAACCGGGCGGUGGCGAUGUGUAUUAAGGAAUAUUUCACUAUAUACGGGAAUGAUGAAAGUAAAAGAUCCAUGUUUCAUCAAAUGAACGAUUUACAAAUAAUGAAAGCACUAUUUGGAGAUAAAUGGGGUUACAUAGAUAGCGGUGGCUACUGUGCUAUUCCUAUGACUAGUAUACCGGCGGCCAAUUUAAGCUAUAAGAUAGUCGAGUUCAAAAUUCUAAAACCCUGGGAAAGACAGAACUAUAUAACUGCUGGUCAACAUCCAGAGUCUAUUAUGAACAAAUGGCUAGAUCUUUGGCGCGACUUUUUGAACCAAGCAAAUUAA